AUGUACCAAUCAAAAGUCAAAAAUUACUCAAUUAUGAAAGAAUUAGGCAAGGGAGCUAAUGGAUAAGUAUAUCUUGCGAUUAGAGAUGAAGAUAAUUAAUAAUAUGCUUUAAAACUAUAAUAAUCUGAAAUUACAAAGUAUGAAUUAGAAAUUAUAAAGUACAUUUUACUCAUUUAUUUAAUAGAGAAUUAAGAAAUUAUGAUCUAAAAAAUGUAGUAAGAAGUUAUGAGUUUUAUGGAAUACUAUUGUAUUGCCAUGGAUUAUUGUGAUCAAGGUGACCUAUAAAAUUUUCUAAAAGUGCAUCGAAACUCUGCUAAAAUAUAAGAAAUAAGAGAUAUGAUAUUUUAAAUUGCCUUUGGAAUAUGGGAGCUACAUUAAUUCAACAUCAUUCAUAGAGAUCUCAAACCAUUAAAUAUAUUAAUGCACAUCCAAGAUAAUGAGCUCUUCCUAAAAAUAUGUGAUUUAGGCCUUUCAAAAAUAUCUAAAGGCAUCGAUUAACAUACAGUGAAUAUAGGUACUCCUUAUUACAUGGCUCCGGAGUUAAUAUAAAAUGAUGAUGAUUUAAAUUAUGAUAGCUCUGUUGAUAUUUGGGCUUUGGGAGUGAUUAUAUUUGACUUUUUCUCAGAAGAAUAGCUUUUUUCUGGAAAAAAUAUAAAUAACAUUUUUCAAAAUAUUAGAAAUUCAGAUUUUACACAUAAAUUAGAUAAAAUUAAGGAUAAGGAGUUGAGAGAAAUUUGUGAAAAAUGUUUAAAAAGGGAUCCCAAAUAAAGGGUAAAAGUUGAGGAGAUACUCGAUUGUUUAAAUAAAUAAAAAUUUGAAAAUUAUUAAAAAAUCCUCCACGCUGAAUCAAAUUAAAUAGCAUAAAGUUAAAUAAGAAUUAGCAAUACUAUCACUCAAAAUUAAUAAGAUCCAAAAUAUAUCUAAUCUAAAGUUUAGCAGCCUAGCUAAAUACUUGAAUAAGGUUCAUAAUAUCAUAAACAAUAAAUUUAGUUGCAAGUUUCGAUUUUAUCAAAAAUAAGGGAUAAAAAGUUUGCCAAUUAAUUAGUUUUUAUGUUAGGUGAAAAAAACGAGGCUGAAAUUUUGAAAGAAUUAAAAAUAAAAGGAGACUAGCUGAUUGAAAAUUCAUAAGCAUAAUAAUGA